AUGUCUAAGACAAGAAAGCAGAUGGAGUUGAUGACUUGCAUUGAUUCCAUCUUAGAUAAACUGCGGCUGUUGGUUCCCCAGGGUGAUCUCUGCAAGUAUGAUCGUGCUUUGAAUGAGCUGAAGGUGGAGCUUGGGCUAGUGAAAACAUUCCUUCUGUGUUACUGGAAAUUGGGAUAUUCCUGGGAUCACUUUCAAGAUUCUGUUCAUAAAAAUGGGCAGCAGUUUUACUCUCUUCUUCUUGGAUUCGAGGAUGAUGGAUUGUCCCCCAGCGACUUGGCUGGAUCAGCUUCAACUUUUGGAGAUAUUCUAAAGGGUUCUAAGCAAGAAAUCAGGAGAUCCUAUGCCCAUAUUUUUUAUUCCUUAUUGGAAUCCGUUUUUGAGUCUAGAAUCCGACGGAAUACAAGAGAUUUUGGGCUGUGGAGAGCCUGGACUUUCUGGAGAAGUGAAUCAUUCGGGACAAUGUAUUCCAGUACGUUGGAUCGCUUAUUGGCAUCCAGUUCUCCUUUGAGAGAUGAGUUCAUGGAAUCUAGUUCUAUUUCAACAGAAGAAUUUAUGGAAUCCAGUGCUCCUCCAAGAGACGAUUUCAUGGAAUUCUUCCACUCCUUGCUAGAGAAUUUUGUGGAUAUUCUCAAUUGGGGUGAAGCCUGCGAUUCGGAACUUGAAAAACUGUUGGAGCCCUUGCAAGAGAAGCUAGUGUUCCUAAAAAAUUUCAUUCUCUUUGCUAGGUCGCAAGGCAAGCAGGAGCGGAAACUUAUGGAGCACUGUGGAGUUGUGGCUCUGUCUGCAGCCCAUCUUUGUCACAGUUGCUGGUUUUUCAGAGAUGAUAAUGAAGUUUUUGUUGAAAUCAGCUUCAAGAUUGAUGAAGUAAAAGAUCAGAUCAAGCCUGUUGUUGAGCAAGUCCGUUUGGCUUAUAUCAGCAUCUUGGAAUCUAAGUCUUCAUCACUUGGGAUGUCUACCAAGGCUAAUAUGUCUAUAGUGGGGGGUUUUGUAGGUUCUCUCCUAGGUAAUCUUUGGGAGUUUCUCGUAAAGUGUCCUACCUGGUUUACUUCAUCUCUAAAGCAUCAAAUUCGGAUACUCUACGAGGGACUGCAGUUCUUGAGAGGCAUUUUGAUGAAGCAGCAAGAGGAUUAUGAUGGGCUUCCUGGAGGAAUCAAGGAUCGCAUUGUGGCUGUGGUCAAUGAUGCUGGGAUUGUAAUUUUCUCACUAUAUCAGGACAAUAUCCGAGAAGCUUCAGCCAUGGAAAUAGAUCUUAAGCUCUUUUGUUUACUGGAGAAGAUCAAGCUUGUUAAGGCAGAAAUUGAGAAAAAGUAUCCUGCGGCAUCAAGGUCCAAAUUUCCUACAACCAAUGCAUUAGAGUUGAUCGAUCUUGUUCUAGAAAAGUUGAAGGAACUGGAAAGCUGUGAAGUUGAUCCAAUAUUUUCUUUUGCAAAGGGUGGAGUUGACUUCUUAAAUUCAUACUUGAACAAGAUCCAAUGCAUUAAAGUUGACCGACCUUUGGAAACAUUUACAUAUUAUGACAUGCCAUCCUGGAUCAUUGAUCUGGAGAAGCAGAUCCGGCUUGAAAAGCUCCGACAUCAAAAGAUGCAAGCUGAUGCCCCAUUCUUAACGUCAUUCUUGGAGAAUAAUUUGGAGCAGCACAUCAAGAGUGAAAAGCACCAACUUCAGACGAUGAAAGAUGAUCUUGUGUCUUUAAGAUCAUUAUUGGAAGAAAAUGGGGAGCAACACAGCCAUCACGAAGGUCCCCAUGCCCUUUGGAGUCAUGUUAUAGAGGUUGCAUACAAGGCAGAGUUUGUCAUCGAAUCCUUAUUAGCCGGAGAUAUCUCAUUCUACUCUCUGAUGUUAUUUGAUGAUAUUGCACGAGAAAUUAAGCUCGUCAAAAGUCUAGCCCAGGAAGCUACCAAGAUUCCGAGGCAUGUGCCAUCACAAGUAAGAAGCCAGACGAAUGGAGCGUCCGACCAGGUGUCAUCAUCGGUUAGUAUCUCAACAGUCGAUAAAGCUGAGGUGGCCUUGCAGGAUGAGGAGGACGCAAUAAUUGAUAAACUUAUAAACGGUCCAAAGCAGCUGGACAUCAUCUCCAUUGUGGGUAUGGCUGGGCUAGGCAAGACGUUUUUGGCACGAAGAGUUUACCGUGAUCCGAAAGUUACAUCUUACUUCCACAUUCGGGCAUGGUGUUGUAUCUCCCAAACAUAUUGCAAGAAAGAUUUGCUGCUUCAGAUUUUGGCUUGCAUUAACCAGAAAACUCAAUUUUCUGAGAUGAACCAAGAUGAUUUGGCUGACAAACUCCGUAAAUGUUUGAGUCGAAACAAGUAUCUCAUAGUUCUGGAUGAUGUUUGGGACACUGAGGCAUUGAAUGCUUUGAGAUUAUCGUUCCCAGAUCACACAAUUGGAAGCAGGAUUCUCUUAACAAGUCGAGAUCAUGGGAUUUGUGGUACACCUCACCGACUUCGGCCACUUGAAGAACCAGAAAGCUGGGAUUUACUACAGAAGAAGCUGGCAAUUAUUAGAAAAAAUGACUACGCUCCAGAACUGGAAGUUCCUGGGAGGCAAAUAGCAGAAAAUUGUAAAGGGUUGCCUCUAUCAAUUGUCAUCAUAUCUGGAAUUCUUGCUAGUCUUGAUCGAGUUGGUUGGGAAGAAGUUGCAGAAAGGCUGAAUUCAAACAAGAAGAUUGGUGCCACAGACCAGUGCAAGAGUAUAUUAGAGCUCAGUUAUAUACAUCUACCUGAACAUUUGAAGCCAUGCCUUAUUUACUUUGGAGCAUUCAGCGAAGAUCACGAAAUUUCUAUCCAGAGGUUGAUGUGGUUGUGGAUCGCCGAAGGAUUUGUGCAGAAAAAUGAGUCAGAGAGCCCAGAAAAAAUAGCAGAAGGCUACAUAAUGGCUCUAAUUAACAGAAGCUUGGUUAUGGCGGGGAAACAAAGAUCCACAGGUGGGGUCAAGACCUGCUGCAUCCAUGAUUUAUUGCAUGUAUUUUGUUUGGAAAAAGCCAAAGAUCAAAAUUUUCUGCAGUUGAUACGAGGUUACGAUGGAUUUCUCAAAUUUGAUGAGUCACAGCACCUGCGUCGACUAUCCGUUCAGUCUCAACCGAAGCAUUUUGUGAAAUCAAGGAUAUUUUGUCCCCGUAUACGCUCUCUACUACAUGCUUCUCGUGGGGUUGGGAGCCGUGAAGUGUUGUACCUUUUAUCCUUCGUUUUUCACCUAAAACUUCUAAGAGUCUUGGAUUUGGGACAAAUUAGUCUAGGUACUGCUUUCCCGAGUGAAAUAAGCUUGCUCGUCCAGCUGAGGUUCUUGGCAAUUCUAGGUUGGCUCAGGGGCGACAUUCCAUCCUCACUAGAAAGACUCUCAAAUUUGGAGACUUUUUUAGUGACAACACAUGAUUCUGGUGUUGGUCUCUCUUUAUUGCAAGAUACUUUAGUGAAAAUGCAGAAAUUGGGGCAUCUACAUGUACGUGGUGCUUUGAUCGAUCUUAGGUUGGCCAAUGACGACACUGAAUGCUCCUCCAGAUUAUGCAGUUUAGAUACCUUUUCCACUUUAAAGCUUUAUCUGGGGAAAACCUUGGAAAAGACGAUCAAGAAAUUUCCAAAUAUCCGCAAGCUAAAAUGCUGUCUCUUGCCAUCACCAUCAGAAGAAUCUACUAGUGACAGCAACAUGGUCGUGGCAAUGCACCUUCUGAGUCAACUAGAAUCACUAAAGCUGCUUCUAGGUAAAGUGACUGCGCAUCCCAUCGAAGUUCAUCUCCCCUCGAAUCUUAAGAAGUUGACACUGGAGGACUUCUCAUGGAGCAUAAUGUCCGCAAUCAGAAAGCUACCAAAUCUCGAGGCUCUUAAAUUACUCCGACAAGCUGAUGGGGUAAAGGAGUGGGACAUGGAAGGCAUGGAAGAAGAAGAAUUCUUCCCAGCACUCAAGUUCUUGAAAUUGAAAGAUUUGAGCAUUGUCAAGUGGAUGGGAUCAGGAGAUCACUUUCCCAGUCUUGAGAGAUUAAUAAUGGAAGGUUGUGCAGAAUUGGAAGAGCUCCCUUCUUGUUUACAGGAAACUUUAACUCUUCAAUUCAUUGAGGUGCGUGGAUGUCUCUAUUCUGCUGGGGAUUUAGUUCGAGAGAUUAAGCAACAGCAGAUAGACUAUGGAAAUCAGGAUCUGAAAAUCCUUAUCUCAGAAGAAAUGGAGGAGUCAGAUGGAGAUUCAGAUGGAUGGUCAUGGAAUGCACCCUUUGAUAAAAUUGUGCGGAAUGGUUCUACUUACAUCUCAAGUAUCCGUGGAGUUUGCUGUGGCAGUGAUGGUAUGUGCAUCUUGGACAUGUUUUGUCAUCCUGUGCUUUUAACCAAGUAUCAUGACCGCUACUUUGAAUGGACUGCUGGGGUAAUGGUGCCUUUCCGUCUGCUGGGAAAGGCGGUCGAGAGUAAGAACCAAGAUGGAAAGACUCUGGCCAAAGCUUGUGAAUCUCAGGCAUGUCUCUCUCAAUCUUACCAGAGGUUUGCUCUCCAAAAGUGUUGGAGCAGGAUAAUUCAAUCCCUUUUCUGA